AUGGCUGCCCAACCCCUCAACGGCGGCGCGGGCAACCUCUCCUCCUCGGCGCCCGCUAACGGCCCCGCGUCCGAUGGUAUCGCCAAGAUCCACCAAGCCCUCGAGGUCGUCCACAGCCCCUUCUCGUCGAACGAAGCACGUCGAGAUGCCCAAGACUUUUUAGAACAGGUCAAAGCCUACCCCGAAGCCCCGCUCCAGGGUUAUACCUUGGCCUCCGAUAAGUCUCAAUCUCCAGUCGUCCGGCACUACGCCCUAUCACUUCUCGAGCACGCAAUCCGACACAGAUGGGCUUCAUAUGGUCCGGACGAGGCAGCUGCCCUACGGGGCUGGGUUUUGGAGCUGUGCCGCGCCGUAUCGCAGGAUGACCCUACAUAUCUACGCAACAAGACCGCGCAGCUCUGGGUAGAUGUUGCUAAGCGGAGCUGGACCGCUGAGUGGAUGGACAUGGAUGCCCUUCUUGUUCAGCUUUGGGAAAUCCCCGACUCGCCCGUUCACAAGGAGCUUGUCAUGUUCGUGCUUGAGACUCUUUCGGAGGAAGUCUUUAAUGGGGACGACGCCGUGGUUGUCAUGCGAGAGGGCGCUCUAAGCAAGGCCUGUGUAGAGAUAUUCACAUCUGCCAGCGUUCUAUCCGAAUCGUUCCCGAACAGGCAAGCCGGGCCCGAAGUGCGCUGUGGCGGAGAAGGUUGGCUGUCCCGCCUGUCCAAGUUCCUCGACCAGUGCAUCGGCGCGGAUGUCCAGAACAAUGAUCCGGCCAGGGCAUGCGCUGUCAAGGCUCUCACUGCCCUCCACUCUCUGAUGACUUGGGCUAUACCCAAGGCCGUCUAUUCGGCAAAUAGUGUUCCGGUUAUGGUCCGCUGCCUCGCGGUCUCGUGCAUCUCUGUCCAGAAGGCCUCAUUGGAUGCUCUUCAUGCAUUGUACUGUCGGACCAACUUUACCGACGACGAGUUUAAAGAACUUGUCAUGCCCAUGUACGAGCCAGAUACGGUCAAUCUGUUCCGGAGGCUUGCCGAGUGGUCGACUGUAGAUGCCCAGGACAUAGACGAGGAAAAAUAUCUCUUUGCAAAGAAGUUUUCAGAGAUGCUGUCCUGUCUUGGGAGUUAUAUCGACAGGAAGUUUACCGCAAUCAAACAAGGCACCGAUAUUGUCGGCUUCUUGCACCUCCUGCUCGUUGUCGUUCAGAACAAAAGUCUAGUCGUAUCCAUCCCCGUCCUCGUGUCCUGGACUCGCCUACUUAGCAGUAGGUACAUUGGACCAAACGCAGCCAACCUCGAUGUCAUCGGGCCCUUGUUGGAGGUCUGUUCUUCAAGACUCCUCCGUUUCGAAAAUCUACCCGAGGAUUCACAAGACCCAUCCUACCUCUUCUUGCUCGAGGAUACAGAUACUAUUCCUGAGCGACAUGCAUUCUUGGGCAACUAUCGGAGGUAUAGUUCUCAGCUCAUUGAGCUUAUCGUGCAACUCAAGCUGGCCGACGCUCUUUCUCAUAUCCUCCGACAAACGGACGAUGUCCUUCAACAUCUGUACGAUGGUCAGCCUCCUCUUGAUGUCUCGAAAUACUCAAAACACUCGAUGCCUGUUCUUCGGAUAGACGCCCAGUUUACCGUAAUCGAGUCCGCCCUCAAGGGCUUUGUCAAAUGGAGAUCGUCACCAAGAUCUGACGAUACUCGACGUGGUGAGCUGGAGGCGAAUCUAGAAGCUUGGUGUAAUAAACUCCUCGAUAUGAAUUUCGACGAUCCCCAUAUUCGAAAGCGGGUUCUCCAGCUUCUGGUGUCCUUCUCAACAACGGCGCUUGACAACAAUGCUAAUCUGAUGCUCAAGGUCCUCGAGCACAUCUUGAUGACCUGGCCUGCUCUUCAACCGGAGCAUAGAGCCUAUAACGAUGCGAUCAAGGACUUGCAGGCGGAUAGUAUGAUUGAACUUCACCGCUUAGCAACAAAAAUGCCUGACCACCUCCUCAAUGUCUACGGUGACCUCGAGGCAAAGGUCAAGGAGAUGGUUGCAUCUGGCACGCUAGAUGAUAAACGCAUUGUCGCUUACCAAAGCUUUCUUUUCCUCAUCAUUCAUCGAACAUCGAGACUUGAUCUCCAGACUAAAAUACAACGGCUGCAGCAAUUUGUUGAUCCAAUCAAGGCACAAUGGCAAAACCCGCAGCUGCAGGAAUCCAUCUCCUCCUAUCAAGCUUUCUGCCAAUUAUUAGGCUUGGACAAGGCUCAGCAGUACUUGGCGAACCGAAAGGUCGAUCAGGUCAAGGACUGGGGUGCCUGUGAAUUGGAUGCUGAGGGGCUUUCCCUACAGGCCGAGCUUGAGGACCGGCUUCGGCUGCUUCCCUUGCGAUCAACCAAGUCCUUUAUUGCCUUUUCCGUCGAGCGCAUUGACAAGUCGUCUACUGCUUUUAUGGCUUCAUAUAGCCUCUGGGGUGAUAGCGUCGUUGGCAUACUUCCAUACAUUCUCCAAUUCCUCAAUCACGCACAUGCGGCGCACAACCCAGAGAACUGGUCGGCAUUGCCGCCUGACAUGCGGUCAAUCGUCGGCCGUGUCCUUAGUGAUAGAUUCUGGCAGGCGGGUAUUUCGGAAGGUAGCAAGGAUGACUUCUACGCACGUGUCAUGGAUAAGAAGGGCACUCUUGAGGGCCUCGGGUCAACGAUCCGCGGAUCCUUGCGGUUCGUCCGCGAGACUUGCUAUGCCAUCAUCUACUGCCUCAGUCGUCUAGACUUCAAGUUCUAUGGGUUUGACGACCUACCGGAACCUCUGGCACGCUCUCUCCUAGGAGACGCGACCUACCUCUCAACCCACCAGCAAGUCAACAUUCUAAACUUGGUUAGGUAUCUCGUCGAUGACUGCCCUGUCGAGCAACGGGAGCACUUCCUACCACCCCUGUUAUCUACCGUAUUCCAGCAAAUGGAUCACCCGACCAAGAAAAAUCCUCCUCUUCGAGCUGAGAGUGGCCAGGCACCGAGAAAAUAUCCUUCCUUGCGCAAAUUCUGUCUCAUGCACCUAAACGUGGUGGAGCCGCUGCUGGUAUUCUGCACUCACGCGAUUAGGAUGCGUGACACGAGGUGUUGUAGCAUCAUUUUGCGGGUGUUCAAGUCUAUUGUGCCAGAGUUCCAGGACAUGCAGUCUUCGGAGAGCCAAAAUGCCACACCUAGCGCGGGGAGCGCGGGCGGAGGGCCACCCGAGUCUUCGGGCGCCGACCAAUACCUCGACACGAGCCCACUACCUGCCGAGGUUGUGCCCAUGAUCAGGGAAUACAUCGCGUCUGAUGUUCUCAAAGCUUGCAUCACAUCGAUCAACGAGGCUUAUUUUGUGGACCUGCAAAAGGAUCUCGCGGCGCUGAUCGCGGCCGUCAUCGUCUAUUACAGCCCUUUGACUAACACGGCAACGAACAUUCUUUUGUCCCUUCCGGGAGUUACAGAAGCCGAACUGCAAAAGUUCACGCCGUUCAUCGUCAAGCCCGGCUCGCACUCUCGUCAACAGCGAGCGCUAGUCUUGGAGCUUCUGAAGGACGUGAAGGGCGUGAGCAUCUCGGAGAUGGGCAAGCUGUCCGGGAUCGCCGGAGCCAGCAGCCGAUCGAAGAGGGCAGGACGAACCAAGAUGGCACAGGAAUUCAUGAAGGCUCCAGAGCCCACACAUCAACAAGGGGUGCUGCAACGACGGGUGGCAAAGACGACGAGCUCGACGGGGUGUCCCGACUGUUUGAAAGUUAGAAGCUUGAUUGUACCACUACUCAAGAACCCUCUUUCGCUCGGCCAGGCUAAUAGCGAGUGCUGA